CGGGUUUCCGGUGCCCGGCCAGAGCGGGGGACGCCAUCGGACGUCCGUGGUGAGAUCACAAUGAAGAACCAAGACAAAAAGAAUGGGCCUGCCAAACACUCCAACCCGAAGAGCAGCCCCGGGCAACGGGAAGCGGCACCAGAGGGAGCCCAGGGACGGCCCAGACAGACAGCUCCUGCGGCGGAGGCUGAAGGUUCCACAAACCAGGCUCCUGGGAAGACCGAGGGGGCUCAAGCUAAAGCAGCCAAGUCUGGGCCCCUGUGUGAUGUGUCUGAGGAGCUGAGCCGGCAGCUGGAAGACAUUCUGAGUACAUACUGUGUAGACAACAAUCAGGGAGGCCCAGGCGAGGAGGGAGCACAGGGUGAGCCUACUGAGCCGGAAGAUGCAGAGAAGUCCCGAACCUAUGCAGCAAGGAAUGGGGAGCCUGAACCAGGGAUUCCAGUCAUCAAUGGCGAGAAGGAAACCUCCAAGGGGGAGCCAGGCUCAGAAGAGGUCCGAGCAAGUGAUGAGGUUGGAGACCGAGACCACCGAAGGCCACAAGAAAAGAAGAAAGCCAAGGGUCUGGGGAAGGAGAUCACUUUGCUGAUGCAGACACUGAACACGCUGAGUACCCCAGAGGAGAAGCUGGCUGCACUGUGCAAGAAGUAUGCUGAACUGCUGGAAGAGCACCGAAACUCACAGAAGCAGAUGAAGCUCCUGCAGAAGAAGCAGAGCCAGCUGGUACAGGAGAAGGAUCAUCUCCGUGGUGAGCAUAGCAAGGCUGUCCUGGCCAGAAGCAAGCUUGAGAGCCUCUGCCGGGAGCUGCAGCGACACAACCGAUCUCUCAAGGAAGAAGGUGUGCAGCGAGCCCGUGAGGAGGAGGAGAAACGAAAAGAGGUGACUUCACACUUCCAGGUGACACUGAAUGACAUUCAGCUGCAGAUGGAGCAGCAUAACGAGCGAAACUCCAAGCUGCGCCAAGAGAAUAUGGAACUGGCGGAGAGGCUCAAGAAGUUGAUUGAGCAAUAUGAGCUUCGUGAAGAGCAUAUCGACAAAGUCUUCAAACAUAAGGACCUGCAGCAGCAGCUAGUGGAUGCCAAACUCCAGCAGGCCCAGGAGAUGCUGAAGGAGGCAGAGGAGCGGCACCAGCGGGAGAAGGAGUUUCUCCUGAAAGAAGCAGUGGAGUCCCAGAGGAUGUGCGAGCUGAUGAAGCAGCAGGAGACUCACUUGAAGCAGCAGCUCGCCCUGUACACAGAGAAGUUUGAGGAGUUCCAGAAUACACUUUCCAAAAGCAGUGAAGUGUUUACCACAUUCAAGCAAGAAAUGGAAAAGAUGACAAAGAAGAUCAAAAAGCUGGAGAAAGAAACGACCAUGUAUCGAUCCCGGUGGGAGAGCAGCAAUAAGGCCCUGCUCGAGAUGGCUGAAGAGAAAACUCUCCGGGACAAAGAGCUGGAAGGUCUGCAGGUGAAAAUCCAACGAUUGGAGAAGCUAUGCCGAGCACUGCAGACAGAGCGCAAUGACCUGAACAAGAGGGUACAGGACCUGACUGCUGGUGCCCAGGGCUCCCUCACUGACAUUGGCACUGAGCGGAGGCCAGAGGCUGCCACUGCCUCCAAGGAACAAGGGCUUGAGAGUCCUGGAGCUCAACCAUCCAGCUCCCCAAGGGCCACAGAAGUUCCUGGCUGUCCUGGAGUACCAAGCACAGAAACAGCAGGCCAAACAGGGCCCCGGCAGCCCACUUCUGCCACUGCCUAGAGAUCAUGGUGCUUGGGCAUGCUGGGAAGGGAGCAGCAGCCCAGUCAGGCCUGGUUCAUGCAAGGCUCCCACACUGAGCAGCCUAGUGCUAAGGCCAGGGUAUUGUGACCUGGAGGGCAUUGGACACUUUGCAAUUUUUAAAUUGUGGGUUAGUCUUAUUUACAUGGAUGGGGCAGGUGUGCAGUGCAGUUAGUUAACACCUGUAGGUGUACAGUGGGCUUUUACCAAGGGUGGGGUAUGCAGAUGAAGUUGGUGACUGUAAACUGAAGUCUUAGGAGAUUUCAUCUGUAGCUGCCAUCCAUUGAGCCAGCAGGUCAGAUGACUUGAACAUUUUCAUGCCUGAUUUUGAGGCUCAGACCCGUCAGCCCUUUUCAGAGCUCGUGAAGAGUGGAAACACCCAGCCCUGGACUCUUCUCCUUUGUAAGCAGAGUCUGGGCAGUUUGGGCUCUUGUCAUUCCCCUGGAGGUUCCAUUUUUCUCUUGACCUGGGAAUGGUGUUCCUGGGCAGAGCCUUUGUAAGAAACAGCUUGUCAUUAAGCUUCCUCCUGCCCAAGACAAGGAAACUGAGGGGUGUGUCUGUGUGUGAAGGAGCCUCUUCAGGCACCAGUUCUCCUGCCCUCUGGUAGUGCCAGGUCCAGGCCGAUGUUGCUUCUCUGUUCUCAGUAGCCUUACAUUCACAGGUGCCUCUAGCCUGCACAAAUGAUUGACAGACGGUCACCCAAAGGAUUCUUUUUGGAGGUGUUUUUGUUGUUUUGUUUUGCCUAAGAGUUCGUAUUAAAGAUCGUCAAAGGAAGGAAGAGGGGAUACACUAGCAAUGGUCCCAGGUGCCUGGCCUCCAGCGCCCCAUUUGGGACAAUCCUGUCAGGGUCCUUUGCCAUGUUGGUGCCAAGGUGUCCUGUUUGGGAAGAUAAAAAGAUUAUUAAGAGAAAGGAUACUGGCCUUGCCACAAACUUGCCUAUGGGUUUCAGCCUGGGAGGCUACCACUAAUUCUCAUCUCCAUCUCCAUGUAGCCAUUGCUGGUCCCUAGAUCCAGAUGCCUCUCUGAAGACUGUUCUGGUGCCAUUUGCUAGCACCCUCUUGGCCAAAAAAAGAGUCCUUGGGAUUUCACUUCUUGCUGCCUGAGCCUCCAGGUGUCAAGAAUAACUUAUAACAACAGACUGAUCCCAGGAACCAAAACAGCUGCAGGUAGUUGUGUUUGCCUUUCCUCCACAUCCCACUCACAUCUGUGUUCACGUGUGGCAGCUCUGUGCUGAGGUUAUUGUAGUGCACCUGCCAGGGUAUUCAGUUUACACAGCAGCUCACUGGGGCAACAGUGUCUUGGAGCUGACAGCUUCUGUAAGCUAAGAAAACCAUAGACAAAGAUUGGUUGAAAUUUUGCUUCUUGUGGUAUUUCAGCUAUUGCAUUAUCCUGUAAGUUGCUUCAUCUUUCAAAAUUGAGCUGGGUGUGUGCCUGUAAACCCAGGACUCAACAGGACACUGAACAUCAGACCAGUCUGGGCUAGGAGCAGAACCCCUUGUCAGAAAACCAAAAGUAAAUAGAACAUUACUGCUUACAAUCAUGUGUUCAAGACCAGAAAUUACAAACUAAUGUCCCUUUUCCCGUGUUGGGCACUACCACUUCAAGAACUUGCUACCCUGUAUAGUUAGUUACUCAGGGUGCCCAGCAGCAGUGUAAAUGUUGAGGCUUCUUUGCCAUCUCCAGCUAGGAUCUGUUGUCCUGUGGAGGGUCUCCUAAGGUUUUUCUCUUGGAAAUCAUAGUAUUCUUCCAGCCCUUGUGCCAGGCUGAGAUCUGAACUGUUAACCCUUUGGGGCAUGCUUGGCCGCAGAGGUGUGAGGACAGGGUAUCUUCUGCUGUGGCCCAAAUAAUUGGCCUGCCUCACUUCAGCUACCUCUUAAAGCCCAUGCAGGGGUUACAGCUAUUUGGUCUCAGAGGUAUGGGCUAGGAAGCUACAAUGUGUCUAUAGAACCUUGGAGCUAUUAGCUCCAUCAAUUUCUAGGCACCCAGGGCAAUAUCUAGAUGGUAAUCUCUUCCUAUCUCUUCUCCACUGACCAAAUCUGAAGUCACUACAGCUGCUCUGCUUUCCUAAGUCAGCCCAGGAGUCUGGGCCAGCUGUAGGGAGGUGGCCUGUCUAUGAGUGAGGUCUAAUGCCUUCCUCACUUGGGUGAGUCCAUGCAUAUGACCUCAUUUUAGGACCAAGAUCUGUGUUGGUUUAUAGGAUUGUUAGCUUUUUCUCUAGAGGACCACAGUGGGUAAGGCUUAGUGUCCAGGGCCCUUGGCUACACCCUCAGUGAUACUUAGGUCCUUGUCCAGUUGAGAGCUUCAUGUAUGUUAUGUCCCCAGCACUUUGUUUUCCAUGAGGGUUUUGGACCAUGGGCAGCGCUCAGGCACUCUGUGAGAAUGUUGUUUCUUUAAAGAUGGUUAUUUAACCCUUCUCACCAUCCCCACCCCCCCCAGGCACCUGACUGCCCCUCUUGACCAGCCUAGGAUAGGAGAGCCGCCUCUGUCCCCGUAAUUGCUUUCCUUUGCCACCCACACUUGUUUGAAGUUGUGCUGGUAGCUUUUUUGUUUUCCCUUCCGGGUCUAUUUUUCGUAUUCACAACAGCCAGGGACUUGAUAUUGAUGUAUUUUACACCACAUUAAAUAGUCUGUUGCCUUACUUGUA